GAAAUAUAUCGAGGACUAGUCUCGGAGCUGCGACAAACGUAGCGUGCUCUCGUAAUCAUGUCGUUAUCUGGAAGUAGCGUCUUCACGCACUUGUUUCUGCUGCGAUGCUGCGGCUUCUGUCGUCUGAGCCGGAGCUCGACCGCGCGCCGAGGGCUCAGCGUAGCUCACGAGGUCUACCGGGCGCUGACUCUCACCCUCACCGUGGUCUACUUACUGCAGGAGUGCGUCUACGCUUACCAGGAGAGGACCGAUAUGGACAAGCUGUCUCGGGUCAUGUUCCUGCUGCUCUGCCACAUCACCUCCGUGGCGAAACAACUGGUCUUCUACUUGGAUGCUGACAGAAUCGACUAUCUGAUCGCCACACUUGACGAUCCCUCAUACAACGAAAUGUCCCACCAAAGACUUCUCGUGGACGCCUCGCGCUGGGCAUCGAGGUUCGUCUGGGCAUACUCGGGGUGUGCCGUUGUCACGUGCACCCUCUGGAUUGUCUUUCCUAUCAUCUACCACGUCCAGGGACAAACUGUGGAAUUCCCGUUCUGGAUUCAAAUAGACUACACGAAGUCUUCAAUGUUUGUGGUGGUGCUCCUCUACUCGUACUACGUGACCACCCUGGUGGGAAUAGCCAACACCACCAUGGACGCCUUCAUGGCCACCAUCCUCGGACAGUGCAAAACUCAAUUCACGAUCUUGCGAAUUAAGUUCGAGACGCUGCCAACGCGAGCCAAGCAGGCCCUAAGGUGUGACUCCGAACAGAACUACGAUGAAGUGCUGAUGAGGCUGUUCCAUGAUUGCUUGAAACAUUAUCAGAAAAUCGUAGAUACGACAUCAUCACUUCAGAGCAUCUUCAGUUCUGCUAUUCUGAUACAAUUCGGUAUCGGGGCUUGGAUCCUAUGCAUGGCGGCUUACAAGAUUGUUAAUUUGAGCGUUCUGAGCAUCGAGUUUGCGUCCAUGAUCCUGUUCAUCAGCUGCAUACUCACGGAGCUGUUCCUGUACUGCUACUACGGGAACGAGGUGUCAACCGAGAGCGAGCGGCUAGUGACGUCGAUCUACAGCAUGGAGUGGGUGGGGGCGCGGCUGGGGUUCCAGCGCGGCCUGCUGGUGCUGCUGGAGCGAGCCCGCAGACCGGUGCGGCCCGCCGCCGGACUCGUCAUACCGUUGUCGCUUCAAACCUUCCUCAAGAUUAUAAAAUCAUCAUACACAUUCUACGCCGUGCUGCGGCAGACAAAGUAGCUAUCGACAAGAGUAGCGUCGCACC